GAUCAUUUUGCAAAACGAAAUGCUUCUUCGGUGCAAUUCGUCGUCGGUCGGUCGCGUGCUGCAAUUUGAAAGAGAGCGAUUUACGCCGGUGUAUGCACCUCUCGAUCUGUCCCCUCCCUCGGGCGGCCGCACGCUUGUUGGCAAUCCCCCUCUUUCACUCUCUUCCUCCCUCCUCGAGCGACCGGCCGGCGACGUGCCUGCUAUGGUGAUGUUUACAGCGUAGUCACGGCAACGUCUCAUGUGAUCAGUCGGCGAGCCGUCGUGCGCCGGGUAACAGUAGGUGAUUGUGCUGUGUGUGUGCGAGUAUCAAAUUGUGCUUCGCGACGUGUAUCGUAUUGUCGCGAUCUAUUACUCACGAAGCGUUGACAGUUCUCGACGGCUCAAUUUUGAGCGGAAUGCAAAACGCCGGCACGUCGUUGGCGACGGACUUGGAUCAUUCAGUGUCAAUUACUUUAAAGAGUCGCGUGCGAACGUGAAGCUGUCGCACUUGAAGUGAACGAAUCAACAGCGAUACCUCGUCUCUCUUUCUCUCGAACGUUCGAACCAUAAAACCGAGAGAGAGAGAGAGAGAGAGAGAGAGAGAGAAAAAGAGUGAUUGACACUUCGUAAUUACCGUACACGAUAAUCACGGGAUGAAACACGAAGCAAAGAUCGAAACGCCGGCGUCGAUCGGUGCGAGGCUCAAAUCGCUAUUUCCGGAAGCGUUCCUCGUUUGACUCGCGCGCUGCUUUUUCUAACACGUGACACGUGACCGGCGUCGAGGGUGCGCGCGCGCGCGCGCGCGCCUCGUAUCGUCGCUUUGUGUCGCGUUGUCCCAUAUUAUCACUCCGUUUAUCGUUCUGUAUCGAUAGCACAUUCGACGCACUGUGUGUCUCUCUCUCUCUCAGCAGAAUCCCGGCUCUGCUGCGAGCACGACCGAAGGACGACUGAAGAACGAGCGGACGAGAGUUCGCGCGUCGCCGAGGACACAAAAAAACAGGAGUCAAAGUCAAAGCGGGGAAAGAGAGAGAGAUAAGAAGAGUGCUUGGCGCGACGUGAAGUUGGCCGGGCCGCAGACGGUCACGUGACCGCGCGGGAAGGACACGAAGUUAGUCGUGUGUGUGUGUAUGUUAUGGUCGGCGCGUUUUCGUUUGCCAGACGAAAGGAGGACAGCGAUGCUGUGCUGGCGUGGCCGCAGGUGAACCCCGGGGGGGACGAUAGAUGCGCGGAACUCGCGAUUGCGGGACAAGGGUGGCCCAGCAAGUCCACCACCGUUAGCUGCUCGCGCCUUCACUCGCCCAUCACCAGCACCGUCGUCGUCGGCGCGGAAUCCGGUGCUGCCAUCGCCGCCGGCAUGAUGUCGCGAAGUCUGCCGACGAGACGCGGCCUACAGGCGUUGGCGCUCGUACUCGCCACCUCCUACGCCACGAUCUUGCUCUACCAGGCCGUGGCGCAGCGUCAGUGGAUCGACGAGGUGAACCUCGCGGAAGUGAGCAGGAGCGUGAUAGUGGAAGCACCUGCGUCGAGGAGGAUAAUCAGCGAGGAAUCGCCGCCGGUGACGCCGCCGGUGGCGACGGCGACCAUGGCACCGUACACCACGAACCUCGACGACGUGUUUAUCAGCGUGAAGACCACCAAACAUUAUCAUCACUCGCGCUUGCCGGUCAUCAUCGCCACGUGGUUCCAAUUCGCCAAGAAUCAGACCUGGUUCUUCACCGACAGGGAGGACCCGUACUUCCAAAAUCAGACGAACGGCCACAUGAUCGACACCAAGUGUUCCUCCUCGCACAAUCGGCGGGCCCUCUGCUGCAAGAUGUCCGUCGAAUUCGACCGAUUCCUCGCCAGCAACCGAAAAUGGUUCUGCCACUUCGACGACGACAAUUACGUGAACGUGCCGCGCCUGCUGAAGCUCCUGGACAACUAUAAUCCGCGCGAGGAUUGGUACCUAGGCAAGCCGUCGAUACCUUCGCCCUUGGAGAUCGUCAGGCAGGGCCCGGAGCCGCAGCGUCGACCGCAAAAGGUGAAGUUCUGGUUCGCCACGGGCGGCGCUGGAUUCUGCAUCAGCCGGGCGUUGGCACUGAAAAUGACUCCGGUCGCCGGAGGCGGCAAAUUUAUCACCGUCGGCGACAAGAUUAGACUGCCAGACGACGUGACGAUGGGCUACAUCAUCGAGUACCUCCUGAAGAAGAAUCUGACGGUGGUGGAGCAGUUCCACUCGCACUUGGAACCGAUGAAGUUCCUCAACAAGGACACUUUCCACGAGCAGGUCUCUUUCAGUUACUCCAAGGGAUCGAGGGACGAGUGGAACAUCCUGAAGAUCGACGGCUUCGACCUGAAGGACGAUCCCAAGAGAUUCAAGUCCAUCCAUUGUCAUCUGUUUCCGCACGUUUCGUACUGCCCACACAGAUGAUGAAGAUCGCGCGGUGGACGUAUGACGAACAGAAGAACAGUAAAACGUCCAAAAGCGCGCUCGAGUCGUUGCCGCCGUUAGGGAAGAAAUGAAGACAAGAGGGUCGUGAGUCCUCGUCUGCUUGGACGGUGUAGAGCUUGUUCUCCGGUCGUACGGAGGAAACACACGUAAGAUCGAUGUGACAUGUGUAUUUUAUUCAACAUAUCGGUACACGAUCGGUCGCGGGAACAGAAUUUCGAACGAGACUAGUAAGUAGUAGGUACGACCGCCAUCGUUCGUGUCAAGUUCGUCGUUAUUCCGAUUAGUUAAUGAAGAGAUUAAUUAACGAAAUGAUCAAUUAAUGAAGAGAUUAAUUAAUUAAUUAAUUAAUUAAUUAAUUAAUGAAAAUAUAUGUUACGGCAAGGGUAAUUAAACGAUCGUGAUCCCAGAAUAUCUAUGAGACAGAGAGAUUACAUAGAAACAUUGGUUGUGUGCUUCUAUAUCGAUCCGUCGGCAAGUAGUUGGCCGUAGAUUUCGCCGUCGGUAUAUUUGUUACGAGGGAAACGUGAGUGAAUCGUGCGAUGUAGAAAUAAUUUCCCUCGAGUUUCACGAGAAUCUUAGGAGCGUGUCAACUCGCCGUGGUCCUCAUCGCGCGUGCGAUGAAACCAUCGUGAAAGCUGUCGUUUUUGAACGUAGAACGUUUCGCCGGAUCGAGUUCCUACAAAAUUAACGGAAAUUUGACGGGAGCCGGUUUGCCGAUCACUUUUGCCGUAACAUAGGCGCAGGUAUCGCCCGCGAUUUUCCUCGGUUUUCAUUUCCGGCAGUGAUCCCUCCGCCCACGAUCCUGCGACGGAGCAGCGAAAAAGCGGCGAACGAAUAACGAAACGUCUAGUUUCGAGGCUAUCGAUUAAUACAGGCGUCCUUCCCCUCUUUAUUUAUAAAGGUUGAACACACACAUACACGCACGAAAAAUCGACACUUCCCGACGAACCACCAUCCGUGACAAAUAUAUCGCGCGCGGAAUUUCACACUGACCUAGCUUAUAUUCCACUUUAUCUCCAUUCGCGUACAGAAUCGCCGCAUUUAUCACGUUAAUGUUGACCGUGUUAUCGUGAUUCGAGGAUGAAAUCGAGCUGAAAUUUCACUCGCGUCCAUUUCGAUUUUAAUUACGAGACAACGACGACGGCGAGCUUUCAUCUCGCUCAAGUUGCGACUCUCUUGUGUCUUUUGUAUUCUUAUUUUGGCGGAGUAUUUUCGGACUCCAUUCUCUGAAAUUUGCGGGAUGCCGACACACAGGGCAAUUAUUCUCGUGUCGCGGAGGAUCGUUGAACGUAAAAUUGCCAUUGACGUACCGUACAAUUAAUAUUUAUUUGCUUGCGCGGGGCGGCCCGCGCGCAAGUGAGAAUAGGAAAACACGCACACACACACACACACACACACACACACACACACAUGCGCACAGGUCGCUCGCGACAGGUAAGCAAUAAUGAAAUAGAGAUGUAGCGUUUCUCGUAAUUUCUCCACGGGGUACAUAAUGGCGGAAGUUCCACGAGUAGGCGUAUACGACAGCUGCGUCUGUGCAAUACGAUGCAGGAGAGAGAGAGAGAUUUGUACAUAAGAUGCGUAUAUAAUUAUAAUUCGCUGACGGUCUCGUCGACGCGAAAUGGAAUUAAGCUAGUCCCUCGCAAAAAGACAGACAGCUGUAUAUAAUGUGAUAUUUAGCGCGCGCGAAUGUUCACUUUUACGCACACGCGCGCACCUUCCGGUGUGCGCUCCCUUUCGUAGUGUCUCAUGUGUCUCGUAGCUCUCUUUUCUCUUCUACACGUAAGGAACGUUAUUUAUAAGCGACUUGUGUUUUUUGUGAAUAUACGUGUGCAAUAUCGAGUAUACUACGAGUCGCCGGUUUCCAAGGCGCCGCGCGCGGCGCCCGUUCCCGUAGAACCCGCAGAAAUUUCGACGACGACGACGACGACUGUCUCAUCACGAGCUAUCGCUCGUCAUUAUCCUCCGUUGCUCGUUGUGAAAUUUCGACGGUGCGUCGUGCGUCGAGCUUUGCGGCACUCGCGAAGCUCUCGACGCGCAGAAUUUGGGAAACGGCCGACUCUCGUUGCUAGCCUCUGCUGCGACGGGCGAGUUUAGGGGUGAAGGGGGACGCGCGAGGCGAGUGUUUAUAGUCAUAUAAAAUAGACUCUACGUUAUACCUACCGUUGACGGAGCAGUGGGAAGAGAAAGAGAAAGACAGAAAGAGAGAGGGAGGGAGAGAGAGAGAGAGAGAGAGAGAGAGAGAAAGAGGAGGACGAAGCGAAGGAGAAGUCUUCUUCCUCGUUUUUCCGCAAGUCGGAUAUGCGCAACUGUCCGU